AUGCUAGGGGCGUCACUGACACCGGAGCCGAUGUUUUCUUCAUGCUGUCUGUCUCUAGGCUGGUAUACAGAGACUACCCCGAACAAUCGCAUGGUAUUGUCCUUGCGUUCCGGGAUUCACUCGGAAAUCGGCUGGGCCUUCGAUCGUCUUACACGGCUCUGCCACAAUGAGCAGUUUACGCUUCGCGCAAUUCCAGGACUGACCGACGCGUUGUUCGAGUGGCCUGAGUGGUACAUCGCACAUGGGCAGGGUGCGAACGCGCGGCUUGCUUCACUGUUUUCACUUUCACCUGAGGAAGAGCGUAAGCGGCGACACGGGUUAGAGGCAUUGUUUGUCAUGCGGAAUGCUGCCGUCAAUGUGGAGAACGCAGAGGAGCUGGCGGCGCACCAGCGGACGCGAGGUUUGAUCACAUCUGCACUGUACCAGGUCGCACCAGACACAGAUACCAACGCCGAGUUCUUAUUGCACAUCCUUGAAAUACUGCAUUUCAUGGCUCACGCGUUUCCCCUCCCUCCCCCAUCCGCGCCACGAGAGUCUAACAUUGUGCCCGCACUCACCGAACUUGCAGGACGCACUACCAACCGUUCCCUGAUCUUGGCUUCGCUCACCGCGCUCAAUUUGCUACUCGCCAACCCGGGCGGCCCCGGACACCUUACACCCACAUCACCAGCCUUGGGUGCAUGUCUGCGGUACAUCGCCCUACUCUCCGACAAAGUUCUUGUUGAUGUGUCUGUCAAUUACUUGUACACACACCUCUCGCAUCCCCCUCUGGCUCAAGCAUUCCUGCUCCAUCCCGACAUGCCUGGCACACUAAAGCUAUUGGUGAGCGUGAUCAUAUCUGAGCAGCAGGACGAUGUCGUUGUUCAAGAGGUUGGUGAACCUGUGUAUACUGCACCGUCCAUCGCCAGCACGACCAGAAAUCAUGAGCUCACAAAGGUAGAAUUGGAAGCUCUGGUGGGAAUGCCAGAACCACAGCGAUGCUACGAAUGGAUGAGAGCAAUGUUUGUCGCCAACCCACAAGGCGAACUCACGCAAGUCGACUUUUGGAACCUCUACAAGGAUAUUUUCGUACCCUUUCAAGAUCGAUACCACCUUCUCGUUGCAUCAGAUGUCAUAAAGAACGUGAAUGUCGUCUUCCCACAAGCACAGGCAAUGGUUCUUCCCGGUCCCCCGCAGAAAUUCGUUGUGCGAGGCGUAGAUCGUCGAAAAGAAGAGAACGCAAGCGAACGUUUUCAAUGUCGAUGGUAUCGGUCACAGUGCCCGUGCCCAGCACUCUCUUCCAGCGGAGAGUUGUACGAUCACGUUCUCGAGCAUAUCAACGAAAUUGAGGAAUCAGAGAAGGAAUGCGUUUGGUCAACCUGCCUUCAUCCAUCCUCUCCAAAACCUCAUCUGCGUGCGCACAUCCUUACUCACCUUCCGAGUGCACAACCCCCACAAAGGCAUCCAUCUCAAAGCGAUACUGUCACAUUACCAUCCCAAGCCUAUCCGUAUCCGACCCCCGAUCCUACGACGCGGCCGCUACCCCCACCGCGCCGUACCACCGUCACAUAUCGAAAUCCGCGGCCCAACCCGCCAUCCGCAGCCCUUACGGCCUUGCUGUGCGUCCGCAUUCUCUUCCGCACGUCAUUUAUGGCGAUCGAGAGUGCUCCCCGUGUCGAUGCGGAUCAUUUUGGGUUUCCGGGAAUUGUGGAGGAGACUGAUCAGGAGGAGACGGAAGUGCAGAUCGUCGCGGAGGAGGAAGGGAUGAAAAGAGGGGAAAAGGCGUUUGUGGGCGUCAGGCGGUUGCUGGAGGGGGUGCGGAUCCAGGAAGAGGCAUUGAUGGGGUGGGUCACGGAAAUGAUCCAGGCAGUGCUUUAG